ACCACCGCGCACCGACGGGCCCGGCGCUGCUCCUGCUCCUCGCUGCUCGAUGAGGAAUGUGUCUACUUCUGCCACCUCGACAUCAUCUGGAUCAACACCCCCGAGAAGACUGUUCCAUAUGGUCUCGGAGGCCCUUCUCGAUCCAGAAGAUCACUGAAGGACAUGGUGCCGGAGAUGCUCGCUGAACCUAGCAGCAGAUGCCGAUGUGCCAGCCAGAAGGACAAGAAGUGUCUGAACUUCUGCCAGACAGGAAAAGAUCUCUGGGCUCAGUCCACACUGGAGAAAACCUCACGUCACCACAACAAAGCUGACAGCUGCAUUGGACCCAAAUGCAUGACCCGACAGCUUGUUGACAGCAGGAAAAUGAAGCGGCUGGAAGCCAUUGGUAACAGUAUCAAAGCUUCCUUCAGUAUUGCCAAGCUGAAGGCUGAGCUCCAGAAGGGGAGGAAGCUGAAACAUAACAGGGCGAACAAAAGGCAAAGUAUCUGGGAAAGCCUGAAAGCAUCCUAGUGGGAAGAUCACCUGAAUCUUUCUCCAUCACACUUGCUGACAAAGCAU